AUUACUAAUGUACUAAUGUUUCCACCAUCGUAGAAAAAUUUUCAGCAGUAGUUUGCAUGCUUCGGUUUUAAAUUUCAUUUUGCGUGUUUUAACGUGAAUUGUUGUAACAUUCGGUUCUAGAACUAUGGCCAGUUCGAAUCUCCCUCCAAGUUACGCAGAAGUGAUGGCCGAAAGCACCCAGCAAGCAGGACACGAUACUGCGACUGCCAUGACGGUAGCUCCAUCCGCUCCCUACCCCCAGCAGCAGUUCUACCCAUAUCCGAAUGUUCCGAGUGUUCCGACCCAGCCGUUGCCCAAUUACGGUUCGAUGGAUUCGUCCGGAGCGAAAGUUCCCCUGCCAAUAGUGGUUCCGCCGAGUGGACCCGGCGGAGCUUCCGGAAUUUCCGGAAGUACUACCACUACGACUGUGGUGAUACCACAGGAGAUCAUUGUUGUCGGUGGAUGCCCGGCGUGCCGAAUCGGAAUGCUGGAAGACGAUUAUACUUGCUGCGGAAUCUGUUGUGCGAUAUUUUGCUUCCCGGUUGGGAUAAUUUGCUGUUUGGCCAUGAAAAAUCGUCGCUGUACCAAUUGUGGGGCACAGUUCUAGGGAACCGAUCUUGACAGGAUACGAUAUAAUGAAUGUGGUUUGUUUGGCGUGUUUGGGCGGAGAGCUACAAAAGAAACUGCGAUCGCGAAUUCGAUGAUAUCGAAUACAACCAAAAAUAGGUAUGUAAUAUCAUUAUUUCAUAUAUAUAUAUUCUAGAGUAAAAGGCAAAUAUUACUGUUACACACCUAUGUAUAUGAAUAACGUGCAUUGAACAAUGUAAAUGUAUUUUUAUAAGGGGUAUAAACGAAAA